AUGUGGGAAUAUGCCUACUUGAAUUUUGAGACAGCAGAAGAAGCAAAAGUAGCUUUAGAGAAGCUAAAUGGCAAAGAGUUCAAAAAGAGACUGCUAUCCACAGAAUAUGCCAAGGUAUCUGAGAAGCAGUUUAGAGAUCGAUUUAAAGUCAACAAAACUAUUGAACAAGAAGAUACGAGAACACCCGCUCAAAGAUUGGCUGAUCAAGUAACACCACUGCACAAACAGCUUUUAUGUAGAUUGUCAUAUGAAGAACAAGUUGCCAAGAAACGCAAAGCUGGCGUGCGUCAUUUGCGCGACUUACGGAAAAAGCUGAAUGCGUUGCCUGAUUUGAGUGAAGAAGCAAGAGCACAAAUAAGCUGGACAACAAGCGACAAUCCAGACGAUGCAUGCCAAAUACUUGAUCCAAUACAGUCCCCUAUCACUCAUGGGUAUCGAACAAAAUGUGAGUUCACUAUUGGUAAAAACAUCCAAGGUGAACGCACGGUAGGGUUCCUGUUAGCUGUAUUAGAACCAUACGAUUGUUUGCAUGUAUCUGAUAAGGCAAAGGAGAUUGUUAGAGCAAUGGAGCGAUAUGUCAGAAAUUCUGAAUAUGAUGUCUAUGAUAAAGUAUCAAAGACUGGUGUUUGGAGAUCCAUCAUGACUAAAACACAAGAAACAGGAGAUAUCAUGAUAUUGAUACAAAUGAAGACUGAUGAAUUAAGUGAUGAUCAACUAGAGCAAGAAAAGGCAAAAAUAAGAGCUUAUUGGUCACGGUUGAAGCCAGAAAUCAAUACGACUACCCUGAUGCUACAAACAUGGAAUGGCGUAUCGAAUGGUAUUACAGACAAAGGUCAAACAGAAAUACUCUUGGGUGAUGGUUACGUCCAUGAGCAUCUUUUAGGCUGCAGAUUUCGAAUCUCAAGCAGUGCAUUUUUCCAAGUGAAUACACCAGCUACUGAAUUAUUGUAUUCAAAAUGCGCAGAGUGGUGUAAUAUAAGCCAAGAUAAAAAGACAACUUUGCUCGACCUUUGUUGUGGAACAGGCACCAUUGGUAUCACCAUGGCCAAGACCGUAGAUAGGGUGAUUGGUAUUGAAAUGAUCCCUGAAGCUAUUGUUGAUGCAAAGGCCAAUGCUCACAUGAACAAUAUUACCAAUGUGCAAUAUUAUGCAAGCAGAGUAGAAGACAAGAUUGAUAUUGUGACUAAUGAAAGAAACGAACAAGUCGUUGCUGUAUUGGAUCCACCAAGAGCGGGUGUUCAUCCUAGUGUAAUACGUGCUGUUAGAGAAUCUCCACAGAUAAAAAAAGUAAUCUACAUUAGUUGUGAUGCCAAACAAGCAAUGCAAAAUUUCAUUGGAUUGUGCAGACCUACUUCAAAUCGAGCCAAAGGAAUUCCUUUUAGACCAAUAAGGGCUGUGUCUAUUGACCUUUUUCCUCACACUGAACAUUGUGAAUUGAUGGUUGAGUUUAUUAGAAUAGAUUAA